AUGGCAAUGUUAGAAGCAAAGUCUAAACUAUGGAAGCCUGUUGAUCUACCAGAAGGUGCUGAUCCUCGUAAUAUAUAUAUACAUCAUAUUAUGACUAAAGUAUUUAGAAGUUGUUAUUCAAAGCUCAAUCAAGAAUUUGCUAUUGCGGUGAUUGAUAUAAUGUUUAAUCCUACAAUCACGACUACCUCUCUUAUGGGUGGAGAAAUCCAUUCCCGAAUGGAAGCGCUUUCUAAACAAGUUAAUAAUAUCCAAGAGUCUGAUGAUAAUGCUGAAGAUCAAUACUUAGAAGAAUACGAAAAUCAUUCUAACUGCCAUUCUGAUAUUUCACAUUCUGGCACUCCUUCUAUGUAUCACAAUUAUGACGAUAAUGGUUAUAAUGAUCCUGAAGAUUAUUGA